AACGUGGACCACGGCGUGCUCAACAACGGCUGCUUCGUGGACGCGCUCAACGUGGUGCCGCACGUCUUCCUGCUCUUCAUCACCUUCCCCAUUCUCUUCAUCGGAUGGGGAAGUCAGAGCUCCAAAGUCCAUAUUCAUCACAGCACAUGGCUUCAUUUUCCUGGACACAAUCUCCGCUGGAUUCUAACUUUUAUCCUUCUGUUUGUGCUGGUGUGUGAAAUUGCAGAGGGCAUAGUGUCUGAUGGGGUUUUCAGAAUCCCGCCAUUUACACCUGUACAUGCCGGCUGGGAUGGCAUUCUUGGCAGCCAUCACGUCUGUUGUCUAUUACCAUAACAUUGAAACAUCCAAUUUUCCAAAGUUAUUAAUCGCUUUGUUGUUCUACUGGACUUUAGCUUUCAUAACUAAAACCAUCAAAUUCGUAAAGUUCUGUGAUAAUGGGGUUGGAUUUUCUCAGCUUCGAUUUUGCCUCACAGGACUGCUGGUUGUUCUAUAUGGAAUGCUACUGGCUGUAGAAAUAAAUGUAAUCAGAGUGAGGAGAUAUGUUUUCUUCAAAACUCCUAAAGAAGUUAAACCUCCUGAGGAUCUCCAGGACCUUGGUGUUCGAUUCCUGCAGCCGUUUGUGAACCUGUUAUCCAAAGGAACAUAUUGGUGGAUGAACACGUUCAUCAAGACUGCCCAUAAAAAGCCAAUAGACUUGAAAACCAUAGGCAAGCUUCCCAUUGCCAUGAGAGCUCUGACCAAUUACAUUCGUCUUAAUGAGGCUUUUGAAGCACAGAAGAACAAAAGACCAUCUUCUCCACAGGGAUCCGGGUCAAUUUGGCGUGCUCUCUGCUGUGCUUUUGGGAGACCCUUACUUCUCAGUAGCACAUUCCGUAUUCUGGCUGACUUGCUUGGCUUCGCUGGUCCUCUCUGCAUCUCUGGGAUUGUUCACAAUGUUGGAAAAGGAAAUAACACCAUCCGCCCACAGGUACUGUCUGUACUGGCUCUGGCUGGGAAGGGGUUAACUUUCCCCACAGUAGCCCAUGUAGUGCUGUGUUUUGCACUUGUAGCUAGAACAUUCAUAGCAUUCAUAUUGUACCAGUGAUUUUUCCUGAGCAAU